AUGGAAGAGAUACCAGGUUUUGAAUUCCUUGACAUGGCCACGGAGAUGUAUGAAAACAUCCAAGUGAUUAGCCCUAGAGCUAACACACAUGCCGAACAAAGCAAUGUCACAAACUCUUCUACUGAUACAGAGAAUAACAAUAUUUCUGAAGUCCAAAGCUCCAUAGGAAGCAACUCAGUAGACAUGGGCCUUGUUGACUAUCCAGACUCUGAAGAUGGUGAAACUGUGGAUAAAGGUCCUAAGGGAGACCAAGACACUGAAGUUGGCACAUCUCCUAAGGGAGAUCAAGACUCUGAAGUUGGCAAAUCUCCUAGCAACUGA